UUUGCAGACUUUUUCCAUCUAACAUGGUUCAAGAAAGCAUUAUUUCAUCUUUCCGUGGAAAACUUGAAAACGAUCCAAGCAAAUCAACGAGUCUAGCCACAGUGGAAACACUGCUCGAGGUUUUAGACCGGAGUCGCGCCACCACCGUUGCCGAAUUUCAAAAUGAGCUAAAUCAAGUAGUUGCUGCUCUCGAGAAAACGGACUACAGCUCAACAUCAAUUCGAAGUGCCGCUGAUUUGUUCACCAGAUUCACUUCUCUGGCUCCAGCUGCUCUUCUCGAUCAAGAAGAUUUUUCUCAAGUUCUUGAUCUGUAUCGCCAACGAGCACGCUCAUUUAUAAAGAAUGUCAGAGGUUCUCGAGCCAAAAUUUCCAAGUGCGCUCGUCUAUUUUUCACUCAUCAUAUGAAUAUUCUGACACACUCAUACAGCAAAGUGGUUCUGGAAACUAUUCUUGAUGCUCACAAAAGUGGAUAUCACCUUCAUGUCUGGGUCACCGAAUCGCAACCGGAUGCUUCAGGAAAACUAGUGUUUGAAGAAUUGAAAAAGAAUGGAGUUCCAACUACUUUAGUUCUAGAUAGCUGUGUGGGAUAUGUCAUGGAAAGAAUUCAAGCAGUUCUAGUUGGCGCUGAAGGAGUCAUGGAAACCGGUGGAAUCAUCAAUAAAAUUGGAACUGUUAAUGUUUGUAUCAUCGCAAAAUCACGGCAUGUUCCCGUCUAUGUUUGCGCUGAAACUAUCAAGUUUGUACGGGAGUUCCCACUCAACCAGGCCGAUAUUCCCCAAGAAUUCAAAUAUCGAACAUCAGUAAUUGAGAGAAACAACCUAGAAUUGGAGCAUCCCGAUGUGGAUUACACCGCACCCGAAUUUCUGACACUGAUCAUUACUGAUGUCGGCGCAAUGAAGCCUGAAGCUGUUGGAGAAGAACUCAUUAAAAUGUAUAUCUGAGGGUAGAAAUUUAUUUGAACGUGUAUUUAAUUCAAUCAAAUUAAAUUAAUUUGUUCUUGUUUUGUUUUUUAUAAUUAUGAUUGGUUUUUUUCUUUUACAAAAAUAAAAAAUAACGUGGAACCC